AUGUUGAAAUUGCUACCAACAACAUUACGCUCAGUCACAACAAAGAGAGCUGCCAUUCAAUCUUCCAGGUUGAGAUCAAGCAUCUUGCUUAAAUCAUGCCCUAAAACAGUUGCUGCCAUCUCAACAAGAUCAUUCCACCAAACUUUGGUUAAGUUUGACCAAACCCCCGAAUCAGCUUUGAAUGAAGUUGUUAAAGCAGAGAGCAAAAUCUCUGAAGCCAUUCCAAAUGAAUUGGAUCAAGUGUACCAAGAUUUUUUGAGCACUAGUGGGUUCGAAGUUGUAUCUACACCAGGUACCGCUAGUGUUGAAUUGGUGAAAAAGGACGCUGAUACAGGAAAUGUCUUGCAUGUAUAUUUUGAUAUUGAUGAAGUCACUGACAUUCCAACUGAGGAUUUGGCUGCUUUGGAAUCUGGUGAUUUGGAAGAAGAGGCAAAUCAGUUGGACCAGUUAUUGUGUAACGUCAAAAUUCUUGUGGAAAACCCAUCAAACAAUUCAGGUUUGUUUUUGAACUUGUUUUUGCAAAACACCGAGUCGUCUUUUAUGAUUGAUUUUGUAAAUGUUCAAGAGGAUGUGAACUCUUUUAUUAGUGCCGUCAAGAAUGAAAAUGAAUUCAUUGACAAGUUCAAGUAUCAAGGACCAAAAUUUGCCGAGUUGGAUGAAAGCUUGCAAACUGAAUUUGAAAACUAUUUGGUUGCAAAGGGUAUUGACAAUGAAUUGGCUGAUUUCAUUGUCGCUUUCAGCGACUACAAGGAAGAGAGCGAAUACAGAACUUGGCUCAAUGCUGUUUCCAAAUUUUUAAACUAA